AUGGAAGGCGACGCGACUAGAGUCAUCAUAGGCUACGUGUUGUACAUGAGCUGGUACCUAUUCGGCGCUCCGCGGCCCAUCCCACUAGGGACAGCUGUCUGCUUUGCCGGAGACGUAUUGGACUUCAAGCAAAUUCACCCGCCUCGUACCCUCCCACUAGUCGAUCGCGAGACACCAACUUCGAUGCUGUUCGUGCAGCUCUCUGAUGAGAACUUUGCGAUUGUCAUUCACCCGGAGGUAGGCAGUCCAAGCAUGCUCCUCAGUGACGCAACUGCAGUGGCAGCGAGCGAGGUAAAGUUGCGCGAUCGCGUCGAUUUCUGGGCGGUGAUCCGGUGCUUCCAGCAACGAGCGGAAGAAGAAGAAGCCGGCCAGGACUUCGAUCCCGGAGUCAUGGAUGAGCUCGCGACUAUUGAGCACCAUUUUGACGCGAUCAUGGACUAUGGUGCGUUUAACGAUGGCUGGAUCGCGUUCAACGCGGUCAUAUGUAUGAGUGGGGUGAUCUUAAUAGUCGUCGUGGCGCUCUAUGUGCAAUAG